UUUUCUCAACUUCGUCUCACUCACCACCAGCACGCACACUCACACUCACAACACUGACGGGGUUGGAGAGAGAGAGAGAGAGAAUGUUGAAGUUCCUGUCGAAGGUGCGAAUAGAGUUCAACGCUCUGGACCCUCGCACCGCGGCGUGCAUGGAGUUCUUAGCCCAAUGCAACGCUCGCAAGGCCAAAGAAUCAAACCCAGCUUGUCAACUCAUGGUCAAGCGCCGCACCGACGAUCACCCUCCUCAAAUCACCGUAACUUUCGUCAAUGGAGUCGAAGAGGCAUUCGAUGCCACCACCACCCCGGCACAAACCAUCAGGACCAUGAUUCUCGACAAGGGUCAGCUUCUCGAGACCGAGCAAAUGUUCCGCGACGCCGGUGAGCAGUGGCCUGUUAUUAUCCCCGAGGAAGAGAUCCGUCAAGCAGCCCCUGGUACUAAGGUAUGUGUUUCUGAACAAAUCUCGGCAUUUUUUUGAUUCAGACAUUUGAUCGAACAGUUGGUGGGUCUUUAUUAUUAUUUCUUCAUUGUUGUUGUGGGUUUGAUUUUCUGUUACAUGAAUUUGAUGGGUUUUUUGUUUUAUUCAAUUUUUCUUUUCUAUA